AUGGCACCGAGCAGUGAAGCAAACUCAGUCAACAGCACGGCAACCUCAGGCCCUGGAGAGGUUUAUAAGUGCCGCCACUGCGAAAAAACCUUCCGCAAUGGUCAGGCUCUGGGCGGCCACCAGAAUGCCCACCGCGGCGUUCAUAGGGGGGUCAUGAGGAGAAUAGCUAAUGCUAUGGGCUCCCUCAGGAGCCCACAGCAGCUGGCUGCUGGUCCCUCAUCGUUCGAAUCCGGUGAGGUCAAUCAGGUAGUCCACCUUAGAAGGACGACAGAACCGGAGAAGCCUCCAGAGGGUAAAACAAGAAUCUUUCUUGAAGAAUGGAGGGACAAAGCAGCUGCAGACUCGGAUUCAGAAAGAACAGUCUCUCAGUCAAUUGUUCCCAAGAGACCUUGUUAUAAGAGAAAAGGGGAAGAAGUGAUGAGUACUCCCCAUAAUAUAGAUUUGGACCUCAAAUUAGGUUUGUGA